AUGGGACUCCGUCUUACCGCCGCAGCUCCUGCCAUUGCCUCGAUUGCUGCCACAGCCCUCGGCAUAGCCUUACUGGCUUCCGGAUCUUCCACCGGCACUGCAAAUAAUAACUAUUGGAUUGCACUUAAUACCUCGAAAAUUGGCCAGGAUCUGAUUCAGAUCACGCCUACGGAUCAGUCGAGCAGCUCGAGCAACGACCCUCUUGGAGGUUUAGGAGGGAUCAUCAACGAUAUACCAGGCCUCAGUGGCAUUCUGGACAACUUGACAAAUGGCGUUGAUCAAGGACUCAACGAUCUCUCAGGAACGAUUUUGGGGAACCUAACAGAGGCGCUGGGAAUCAAAGACACAUACCGACUAUACACUACAAAGAUGUGCCAGGGAAGCUUCCGCAAUGAAGAUGAUCCCAACAGUGCCGUGGAGGUCGACUCGUGCUUCACGUAUCGUGAUCAAGGUCAAGGCCUGGUCAACAUCACCAACUCUAUCCCGUCCUCUCUCACAGUCGGGACUGCACAGGUCUCCGUGCCCCUUAUCGCAUCACUCAAGCAAUCUCUGCAGAGCACAGUCAACCUAGCUGCCACCGCGGCAACUGUCAUGAUGGUGCUUUUGAUCAUUGGCUGCAUCUGUACUGCUAUUACAGCCAUCGGCUCCAUCCUCGGAAUUCUGCGAUCACAAUCCCGCUUAUUGAGUGUCGUCAACACUGGGUUUUCAGUCCUCGGCGCGGGCAUCUUCUUGGGUCUGGCUGGUAUUGUAACCGGAGUUGUGGUUGCCGGUAGUGACAGCAUCUCAGACCUUGGGCGAGGUUUCAAUCUCGAGGUGAAGGAGGGCGGUGCAUACCUCGCUAUCAUCUGGGUGUCGGCUGUUCUUGCCUGGGUCGCAAGUGCUUACUGGUUCAUGGUCUGGUUUGUGGAAUUUAGAAGGAGUGCCUUCUCGAGACGGCACAGAACAUCGACGCAAAUUGGUAACUGGAGAGGCAUUAUCGGCGAGGUGAGGAAAGACUUGAAAGUGAAUGGGCACUUUGGGGAACAUACAUACGACGGUGAGAGGGGCGCGUUGAAAGCCUAA